AGAAAAAACAGAGACUUCAGGACAAUACAAGGGCAACCUCAUCCGAUAAAGAGAACGUUCCUAGCAGUGGACAGGCCAGCCACUCAGCAGUAACCCGCACAGGGUCAUUAAUUUCUCAAAUUCACCGUCAGUAUUCUAUGUCAAAUGAUGACGAUAUGCAGCAAAAUCCUCGGCGAGACUCCCGUGGUGUCCGGGGUAAACCAGGAGAUCGCCGCUAUGACUCUUUGGGAGAUAUUUCGCAUGUAGAACGAUAUCAAGAAAAAGAACAUUAUUUGGAUAGUGAUCGUUACCCUGCAAAUAAGGAAAGAUAUCCGGAAAAAGAUAAGCGUGGAAACGAACGCGGUAGUGACAAUUUUGAACGUCACACUGACAGAAUGACCUAUCCAGAGUCUAGGCAGCAUUCCGAUCAGGAUGGAUAUUUUAGUCGAGGAAAUUUUCACGAUGAUAGGUUUCCUGAUGAGCAGUUUCCCGAACAGCUGCCAUAUCAAAACCAGCAACGAAUACGUGGUCAUAGGGAUCAUAGGUACCCUGGCCCAGGGAAUAUAACUCCAAUCAAUGAUAGGAAUGAAGAGAGGGGCCGAAUAGGUCCUCAUCGUGGAGAACGCCAUGGCCCUCCCGCUCCUUCAGAAAAAGGGCAACACCCACCUGGACACCAACCUCGUGAAAGAACACCUGUUGGAAUUCCGCGAUCCCCAGCUCCGGAUCGCAAGAAAUAUGUGGAGCGACACCCACCUAAACCUGCUUCGGCAGCUGAUGGGGGAAAUUAUAGAUCAUCAUUAUCUAGACUGCCACCCUCUCCACAACAUCCCAGCACCAUUGACCCCGUCAUAGAUAUUCAGAAUUCCAUUGAAGCGCAGGAACGCAGUAAUGACAAUGUACCUAAGCAGCAUUUAGACCCGAGUUCAGCAGCAAAGUCCAGCAAUAAACAGAAGGAAUGUAUGAUACGCAAUGACUCACUCAGUUCAGACCAAAGUGAACAUGUUCGACCGCCACCGCCGAAGCCACAUAAGAAGACUAAAGCUAUGCGCAAACCACGACAAACUUCAUCCCCAAGUAGUUCAGAGGAGGAAAUACGCUCAACACCUGAAUGUACCAGUUGUGACGAUGUUGAAAGUGAGAGUGUUAGUGAAAAAGGUGAUCUAGAGAGUUACCGCAACAAACCUCGUGGCGCACCCGGCCACCUCUCUGAGACCGAAAUCGGUUCGAACAAAAUGCGACCUCUGCGUUUUGGUCGGGGCAAAGGGCAGUCCCUGGAGGAAGAUGGGGAGUGGUCUGAACCACAGAUCAAAGAUUCGGGGGUGGACACAAGCAGCAGUACGACUUUGUACGACGAUCACUACCCACUGAAGCACCCUGUUACUUGGCAGCGUGAUAUGGAUAAUAAUCGCCUUAUUGGCCGAAUGAUCUUAAAAAAGAGCCAAUCAGAUGGGAGUUUAAAGGAAGAUUCUAGUGCUAUUUUGGGGUUGAAAGUUGGCAAGGACCGGGGAAAGUUAGGUCCCCUUAUUUCAAAGAUUAGACAAGGAAGCAUAGCUGAUACAGUUGGGCAGUUGAAAGAAGGUGAUGAAGUAUUGGAGUGGAAUGGACAGCCCCUCCAGGGCAAGGAUUUCAGCGAAGUUCAUGACAUCAUCAAUAGGUCAAAGCGAGAACCGCAAGUUCAACUUGUAGUAGCAAGAGCAAUGGGGAGCGAUGGGCGUUCAGCUUCGGAGAAGAGUCACCAAAUCAGGUCCAGGCCUGAUAUUAUGAGCAAGCGUUCUAGUCAAAUUUAUCACAAAAAUAUUUUAAACUCAAGAUUAUUUGAACCUCUAGAAACCAUAUAUGGCAGUGGAUAUGAUUCUGCUACUCGCAGUAGCAGAGAAGAACCCAGUCAACCAAUCAAACGGCCUUCUGUGACUGUAACAUCUCCGGGAAGUCCUAGCAGUACGCAGCUCACAAGCGCAUCACCAUAUGGAGACCUACAGGUUAAACUGGCCUACGAUGUUCAAAACUUAGAUGUAAUCGUUACAAUAUUAUCAGCUCAAAAUUUACCUCCUCGAGAGAACAAAGAAGCUCGCUAUCCAUACGUCAAGAUGUAUUUGCUACCAAACAGACGAGAGACGAGUAAAAGAAAAACUCAGAUUUUUCAUAAGAUGUGUGAUCCCAAGUGGAACCAACAGUUUAUUUAUAGUCCAGUACGACCCACUGACAUGAAGAUGCGUACAUUAGAAAUGACUGUUUGGGAUUCGAACCAGACAGCGAAAGAAUUAAUUGGUCAAGUUUUAAUUAAUUUGAAUACUGCCAUCUUUGACAAUGAACCUCAUUGGUAUCCAUUGUCUCUCCCCGAUGUCUCCCAUGGACCACUUCCGCAACCUUCUCCAAUCCCACCAGAACAACCCGCUCAUGUCCAAGACUCUAGAAGAAGUUCACGAGACUCAGAUUCCAGAGUGAAUACCUAUCCAAUGGAGUACGGUGGUGGACCUGUUAGAAGAACCAACUCUGGGGGCCCAGGCUAUGCAAAUCCCUACCCCAAUACUGGCCCUCAAGGUGCUCCACCGGAUCACUAUCCCCAAGACGAAAGCUACAGACCGCAGAGCCAACACAGGCAUCUUCCAUCAGUGGAAAAAUUUAGUAAUGAUCCUGCAAACCACUAUUCCAAGGUGACUCACGGAAAUCACCCAAGGGAUAUGACAUCACAGCACAGCAGUGACCCAACGAACCACUAUCCUAUGCCACAUGGCAAACACCCACGGGACAUACAACAGCAGCAGCAACAACAGCAGCGUCAGAUGCCCAGGGAUCCUCACAGGGAUCCCUCUGGCAGCCGGGAUAUAUCUUCACAGAUGGAUAGGGACAAUAUUCCUGGACAAGAUAAUCGCUUAUCUGGACAUGGCUCAUAUAGGGAUCUACCUAGUUAUAGGGGCCAUGCCAGGGAUUUACCCCAACGACCUCGCAGGAAUAGCGCUGGUAGUGAGGGCCAUAGGGUUGAGGAUAAGCAGCACGGAAUACCUAACCACGCGCAGGAUCAGGAUCGUGGUAGCAUGUCUCGACAAGGGCGGCCGACGAACCAAUCACAACUGCCACACCAAGUGCCUCCAUUAAAUCAAGGUCAAAUGCCAUACACUCAAGCAGGCCAAAGCUAUCAUCCAUCACAGGGUAAACCUGACCCAACAACCAAUCAGAGAUCAGGAUAUCCACCGCCACAAGGUAAACCUGACCCGAUGUCCAGUCAGAGGUCAGGCUACACAUCACAACAAAGUCCACCUGACCAGUCAGCCAAUCAGAGAUCAGGAUAUGCACCAUCACAAGGAAAACCUGACCUGACAUCCAAUCAGAGAUCAGGCUAUCCACCUCUGCAGGGUAAACCUGACCAACCACCUAAUCAGAGGUCUGGAUUAAAUUCUCUGUUUGACGUUACCCAGAAGUUGGGCGGGAAUCCACUAAAUACAGCGCAACAAGACCCAACUCAGGCGGACGUGGGCAAAGAGGUUUCUUCUAUGUUUACUGGCCUGUCGAAGGCUAUUAGCAGUGUUUGGUCCGCGGGUCCAAGCAUCAAGCUCCCAUUCUCGGAACAGAUCUCUGAACUCGGCUCCAAAGUGCCGAUAUCCAAUCCGAUAACCGACCUUGGAGCAAAGGUGAGUGCAGCAGCACAGGAGGGACUUGGUGUAUUGCCAGGUGAGAAGGAUCCAGCAAGUCAAUUACCACUACCUAACGAUGGUGGUAGACUACCCAGGGACCCGUCACCCUCACGCGACCGCAGAACAGGUAUUAUGGGCGAAUAUACCCUACCUCCUAGGCGGCGGGAUUCUUCACCAAGUCGAGUACCGAAUGCACAGGAAUACCCGCCAUCGAGGAUGCAGGAAUACCAUCAGCCAGGUCGUAGCUAUUCAUUAGAGCGACAGGAUGAAGGUAGGCUGGACUACCAUCCCAAUGGAGAGCCUAUACGUCCCUUAGACUUCAGCCCACCUCAUGCGAGGCAAUCAAGAAGAGCAAUGUCACCAAGUAUGGACCAGCAAAGACAUCAUAGUUAUUCAGCCGGUGAUAGAGACUUACACUCGAGACGUAGAGACUAUUCUCCUUCACGCCAAGCGCUCAUGGAGCCCUCGCAAGAUCGAAGAUAUAGAGAACCAUCACCAUCUAGGGAUGGAAGGAUGAGGGAGCCAUCUCCAAGACCCUUUGAUUAUGACUACAAAAAUGUCAGGAGAUCUAGAUCGCCUAACCGAAGAGCUAAUGGAUACUAUCCUGACAGUGCUAGGAGGAGCCAAUCGGAAGUGAGGGAAUAUACUUAUGAGCGGCCAUAUCGUCAUAUGCAUGAAUCACGAGGGAUGAGACCUGAGGGGUCUAGUUUGCCUUGCUCACCAAUAAGAGCGACCAUGGGAAGAGGUCCAGUUGGAAGAGUUAGUCCGAGGGGUAGUCCAAGAGCAAGCCCAAGGACAAGCCCGACGUCAUCCCCUACUGGACGCAAACCAACCCGUCAGCUCCCCCAAGUUCCCUCCCAUGGUAUGGGAAGGAGUGAAAGAGAAAAUGCCAAACAAAUGGAGAUAAAGAUGAAAAUGAACCAAUACAAGCAGGCAGCCUCUGUCAACUCUCUGUCCCCACAUGGCAACGGGGGUUCGUACGUGAACCCCGUCCCCGAUUCCCAUUCUAGAAGUCGCCAGCGAAAGCAAAGUCCUGACAACAUAUCUAUUAAAUCUUCAGAUAGCAACAUGUCCACAUUGAGCGACAUGUCAGCACUGACGUCCGCAAGUACAAUGAGCGUUUUAUCAACGCAGUCUGAGAGACCAAGAGGAGGACGCAAACUAAGUGAUUUGAAGGCAAAGAUGGAGGAGCGUUCACCUUACCCUAAGAAAACAAAUUUAAGCCGUAGCACAAGUAGUGCGGAAGUCUACUCAUAUGAUCGCAGCGACGGCAGCAUAUCAGACUCAGCGGCAGACGCCGGUAGUAUGGCAGAUUUAAAGAAACGACGAACUAGUUUAUCCAAGGUAGCAGCAUUUGUAGGGCUUUCCAAAAAGAGCAGUAGCACGUCCAAUUUAACAGGUAAAAAGAGGACAACUAUACAAAGAAGUGAAGAAGUUGGUACAGGUAUGGAUAUGAAGCGGGGUCUAACGCCACAAGCAAGCCGAGAGAGUACUGAUGGCAGUGUUUGUAGCGUAGGAAGUUCAGAUGGUGCCAACACCUUUAGACGAGACUUUAUAGUAAAGGCAGCCAAUCAGAAGAGAGUUUGGAUGCCACGAAUGACUGCAAAUGAAGCUCAUUUCAAUGACUUUCUGGAUGGCCUAGGCCCAUCUCAGUUGGUUGGUCGGCAAGUCCUUGGUACACCAGCGCUUGGGAAAAUCCAUCUUGGUUUGCAAGAAAAGAAUGGCCAAUUAUUAGUUGAAGUGAUUCAAGCUAGAAGCCUAGUCUCAAAACCUUCUGCUAAGAUGGUGCCAGCUCCAUGGGUCAAACUAUAUUUAAUGGAUGGAAACAGGUGCAUUGGCAAGCGCAAGACAAAAAUAGCAAGAAGAACACUGGAUCCUGAGUACAAUCAAUCACUGCUCUUUGAUGAAGACUACAGAGGCAAAGUAUUAAGAAUCACUGUUUGGGGUGACUAUGCAAGAAUAGACAAAAAAGAUUUCCUUGGCCUUGCUGAAAUUCUCCUUGACAAUAUGUCACUGAUGAACAGAGUAUCUGGGUGGUACAAGCUUUUCAACCAUGCAUCACUCGCUGACAUUCCGCCCAGGUCCACUGUGCCAUCUCUCGAUGGAUCGGUAACUUCCCUGUCAAGUUUUAAAACCUUUUGAUUUGCUAGUGUACUGCAUUUCAAGUAUCUGGAUGCGUAUAUAUAUUAUUCCAGUCUUCUUGCAAAAUUCAAUGCAUGUGAUAUAGAUAUUGAGAGAUUUGGUUCAGAGUACUUCGACACAGCGUUCGAGUUCACACCUUACCGAUCACCAAACCUGACGAUAUUGGGCCGUGUUCUGGCGGUAGAUGAUUUUUAUGGAAUCUUAACAACGAUGCCCUUUUACUGUCCAAGGAUCCAAGUUGACAUCUGGCAGCCAGCCAACAUGAUGAUGGCAGCAGUGUGACUAUCUGGUGUUGGUUGAUGGUCACUGACACACUUACAAGCUGUCUGCAGUGAUUAAAUUUAAUUGUAUUACACUUUCUCUCUUAUUUUAUUAUGGUUUUUAUUUUCUUCAAGUUAAGGUAUUCAACAUUAUGAUAACAUUACAAGAGGAUGUAUCCUGAUAAAUAUUAUUUUUACUUGUUAAUUAUAGAUAAAAUUUUUGACAGGUCCAACAUUAUAAAGUGAUUUUUGACCAACAUUUUUGUUAUUAUACUGCCAAUGCAUAGAGCAGUUUAUAUAAAAAUGACGAUUUUUAUUUAUCUAACAACCCCUUUUAAUGUAUGAGAGAAUCAACUACUGUAUAGUCAGUCAGUGGCUGCUGAAUUCCAGUACUAAAGCACAAUAUCGCCCUCUAUUGAUCACAUGUUGCCCAGCAACUAAGUAUCUAUGAUUAGAUCAUUAAUGAGUUAUAUUGUGGAUAAGGUCAUGUGUAACAUACACACACAUAUCUGUGUUUCGACAUAGUGAUGUGUGUACAUGAAGUACCACACACAUUGAAUGUACAUCUACACUAGUAAUACACACACACAUAGUAUGGGCUACAGACAUUAUUAAAGUGUGGAUGGUGGAAACAUACAGGGCACACAAACACACAUGCGUUUUAUGUUAGUAGAUGACAUGCUCACGGUGGUUUCACUCUAAAUACAGUACCUACUUCAUGUUGUAAUAUUACAUGGUCAUUCCCUAUAUGGGCUUUCAUCUGAACAUUCCUGUAACCUAGCAUAGAUGACUGAGUGACUAGAACUCUGAAAUCCAAAAACCUACCAAGUCUGUUAUAAUAUAACUAUAAUUUCAAUAUAGAAUUUCAGUUAAUUUGUCAAUGAAUACAUUAAUUUUAUCACACAUUAAAUUACAAUACUUUAGGCAGUUGGAAUAUAUAUUCUAUAUUAUAGCCAUUUAUUGUAGAUUCUUGGUGGCGUUCUUGUUGCUCGCACAAUGAACAAGUAUGAAACAUCACAUCAGAAAGAUCUUGAUUAUUGGAUCAGUGAUUGUAUCUAAGCUUUUUUUCUAGGAUCUUCAACACCAUAUUUACUAUUAUUAUGGUAUUUAACCUCCAUAGAAAUGCAUAUGUAAAUUUCCAAGAUUUUAGAUGUUGUCAGUUGAGUCAGCCAUUAUAAGUUUUAUGCAUGCUAGUGAUUUAAAGAGAAAAAACAUGCUCUGAAAAUAAACUCAGCUUAAGUACUAGUAUAUAUUUGCUAAAAACAAAGACUUCCUUUGUUAAAUAGUUGCUUAUGGGGAGGGCAACGUUGAUUGUGUUUUUUUAAGAUGUGAACUGUAUGGAUUGGUAGGGAUACCGGAUAAUGGAUUUAUCUGAUUUCUUCCCUAUUUAAUUCCCAGUGGAAGUUUUAAUUAGUGGGAAGACAAAGAACAUGCCACGUUCAUUGUGCCUAUGCAUUAUUUACCAUGAUUCAAAUUAUAAUUAAAAACAAAAAGAAAAAAAAAAUCAAUUUAUAAUACUGUAUUAAUAAAUACAUAAUAUAUCUGACAUGAUGUAGUAUUACAAGAUAUGUUUGGUCAAAUUUAUAUAACUUAUGAUAUAAAAGCCCAAUACAGAUGUAAUGUGUUGAGAUGAGUGGAUGAUGCAUAGCAUAAGACAUACUGGCCUGUGGGGCAAAACAAGAAAAUAUUGUUAAAUUUUCAAAUGCUUGUAUAAAAUGAUUGAUGUUGUAGACCUAUUUGAUUUUGCAUAUGUUAAAUGUACUGGUUUUUAGACGUUAGGGCCAAACAAUUAAAAUAUAUAGUCCAAAGCUAUAACAUAAGCACCAACCUAAUAUUGUAUUCUAUACAAAUUUUUUUCAUCAUGUAUUAUUUUUACCAUAUAGAUAAAAUUUAAGGUUUGUUAAUUUUUGUUUAUUGUUUUAAACUUUAAAAUGCAUUUUUAAUUAUUUGUUGAUUUGAAUAAUUAUUUAAAAUAUGGUCUUCCUUAUGUGGAAUUCUAAUCUAAGGCUUAAUGCAAAUAUUUACUUUUCUAUUACUGGUAGAAAAUUGUUAUUUUUUUUGUCGUAAUUGGCAAGUCACUUUAAUAGCUAUUCACAUUGUAUUCAGAUUAUUUAUAUUCACAAGAUAGUGGAGAGAAUAUCAAAGUGCAACCAGCAGUGUACAUAGCACCUCAUUUUAAACCAAUGAAUAUUUACAAUUAGUUCAUAAUUACAAUGGUACAUCAUAUACUGUACUUUUUUUCCCAUUUUACAUUAAUAUGUUAUGCAGUGUAAUAUAAUUUUCUUUCAUAAAUAGAGUUUCAAUACACUAUAAAUUAAUUAUAUAAUAUAUUAAUAGUAAAUAAUAUAUGUAUAUAUAAGAGGUUUUGGGAAGCUGAAUUCCAGACAUGAACAAAAUGUUAAAUAUUUAAAAAGAUUUAUUUCAUUAUAUCUGUUUAUCAACUAAUCUAUAGUAUAUAUGUGAUCAAGUUUCAUAAUCUCAUUUUCAUGAGAAAACAAGUUUGUAUUUGACAAUUAUUGAUAAUUAGUAUAUUCUAAUGUUUGAAUUUGGGAAAAGACUUCCACAGUUUUUAUGAAAAUAGUGUGCAAAUGACACAGGAUGACAUGAUCUGUGCCAGCAGAGGGGGAAAGAGUUACCAAGGUGUGCUUUUAUAAGUAUUGUCCCUCCACCCUCCAUAUAUGUACAAAAUCUUUUAGACGCCUUGCCUGGACAUGUGAUGGUGUUUCCUUGAUUAUUAAAAUACUAUUCAUCCAGAGAAGCAUUUUUCUCAACAAAACCCAAUUAUUUCAGCGAUGGUUCUAUUUGUUAUUGUUAUUUUUAAAUAGAUUAUUUAAAAUAUAAAUGUAUCCAUUUACAUGUGUUGCCAAUGUAUGUGUAUAUUCAUUAGAUUAACGUCCACAAGUUACUUAUUACAAAUUAAUUUUGCAUCCAUUGCUAUUAUUAACCUACUGAUGCAUUUAUUCAUAUCCCUUGUAUGAUGUAUUUAUUUCUGUAUGUGAUUAUUUCUAGUUAUCCAUGAUAGUAAUACCAAUGAUAAUUCUAGCUUGUUUUAAUACCACAAUAUAAGUUCUGUAGCUUCCAAAUAAUGCACUACCUAUAUCAAAUAAUCAACAAAAGAUAUAUAUAUAUAUAUAUUAAUUAUUAUUUAUCUGAUCUGGUUAUGACAUAAUUGCUCUUGCACUAUUUAUUUAUAUCUGAUAUAUGUCGCUAUGCAACCAAAUAUAUUUCUUUAGGUUAUUAAAUAGAAUUAUUAAUCUUACAACUUUGAUUUUGGGUAAUGUUAUAAUUGUAGUAUAACAUUCCAUUUUUAAAUAAUUAGAAGCAUUUAUAGCCACAAGACAUUUCUCAGCUAAAUACAGUAUAGAUGCACAUAUAGAAAAUUCCUAAAUGUAUCACUGUGUUUGUUUUAGGUGUGUGGUUCUUUUGUCAAUGGUGCUUUUACUCAGUGGAAUGAAUUUUUGUUUAAAUUAUUAUACUGAUACAUUAGUUACUUUUCAGUGUUUUUGUGCAUUUGACUUAUCUCUCUUUUUUGUUAUGAUUAUGUUUGUAUCGGCUAGCUAAUAACCUUAACAUAUACCUUUCAUGUAUGUUGAAGAGUAUUACUGUAUUAUAAAUUGCGUGGGAAGCUGGCCACACAAAUCAUGUAACUCCCAGAGUCUAGUUGGUUUUGUUUUUUAAGGAUGGAAUCUAGGCCAGGAAUCUGCCAUGUAUUAUUCACAGGCGAAACUUGAACUGAAUUGUAGGAUUUAUGAAUUGUAUGUUACUGUCCAUUAUAAAUUGUACAUUUAUUUGUUUUAUCAAUUUGUAUGAAACAUAGGAGAUUGUUAAAUAAUUACAUUAGUUUGAAGAUUUUGAAUCAAAAAACAAAGUUUGUGUGAACACACCUUUGAAACGCCAUUUGUGUUUUGUAUGGUGUUUGUGGAAUUUGGUUAUAAAAACAUGGAGAUAAAGAGUUUCUACUAUAUAUGCAAACCGGUCAUGGAUAGACUUAAUUAACAUAUGACAUUAAACUUGGUAUGGAGAAAAACAAAGGUACUCAUACAGUACCUACUAGCAAUAUGUAAGAAAUACCAUGUUAUUUGGACUGGAUAAAAAAGUUAGUAUAGACAUUAAGUUGUGAAUAUACAUAUGUAUUUAACGUACUACAAAUUGAUAAUUGAUUUAUGUUACCAUGUACAGAAUAAUAUAGUGUUUUUAUGUAGGACUCUCUUUGAAUUAAAAAUGAUUUUAAAAGUUUUAAAAAUGAAAAAUUACUUAUCGGUCAACUAGUGAUUGUGAGUUUAUAUAGCUUCAAUCUUUUGAUGUUUCAUAUAUGACAGUUUCAUAUAUGACCAUUUAAUAUAUGACAGAUGAUAUGGAAGAUAAUUAUGACGACGACAAAGCAAAACUUAAUUAAAACUAAAAAUCCAGAAUAAUUACAUAUUUGUACAAUUUUAGUAUAUACGCUGGUUUAUUAACAAAAAUAAAUGAUCCAUCUUUGGCCCUGUUUACACUUGCUAAAAUGGCUUCGGUCUCCAUUUACACUCAUGAUGUUAAAUAGCUGGCGUUGCGAUUUCAGAAUGAAACUGGGUUGGCUCGUAUUUGUGCUUUUACACUUAUGCAAAGACGAGGCCGGCCAUUUCAGUAAGUGUAAACAGGGCCUUUGUUAGCAUUUCUAGUCAAGAUUCAGUCUCGUAGCUUAUUGUAACCAUAACGUAGCAAAUGACAACCUUUGAACUUUAAUUUUUUUUUUUUCUCAAGAAUUAGAAAAUAGAUGUAAUCCAACCUAGGUGAUAGGGCAUAAUAGUCUACUUUUUGGUAUUAUUAUGAUUACCAUUGUUAAUAUUAUUACUAUUAUUAUCAUCAUUAUUAUUAUUACCCACUCUAUCUAUGAAUUAUCAUUUCAGAUCAUGUUAGUAUCAAAACAAUGUAUGGGAAUAAAAAUCACAAUUCAAUACUA